AUGUCUUCUCAAGAUCAUCGCGACAAUGCUCCUAACGGUGAUGAGCUCAACGAUUCCAUGGAUCGCUUACAAGUCAAUGAUGAGACUCGUCUUGGCCCCGAUGGUGAACCACUCCCAAAGACCGAUGAAGAAUAUGCAGAAUCUCAACUCACCUUGAGAGCUAUUGUUUCUUCAAAGGAAGCUGGUGUCAUUAUCGGCAAAGGUGGCAAGAAUGUCGCCGACCUUCGUGAUGAGACUGGUGUAAAAGCCGGUGUCAGCAAGGUCGUUCAAGGUGUUCAUGAUCGUGUCUUGACCAUCUCAGGUGGAUGCGAUUCUAUUUCCAGAGCUUACUCCAUUGUUGCGAAGGCUUUGUUGGAGGGCGCACCACAGAUGGGAAUGGGCGGGGUCGUUUCUAACAACGGUACUCAUCCAAUCAAGUUGUUGAUCUCCCACAAUCAAAUGGGUACGAUCAUCGGUCGACAAGGACUCAAAAUCAAGCAUAUUCAGGACGUUUCUGGUGUUCGCAUGGUCGCACAAAAAGAAAUGCUCCCACAAUCCACCGAACGUAUCGUGGAGGUCCAGGGCAACCCCGAAGGCAUCCAAAAAGCCAUCUGGGAAAUCUGUAAGUGCUUGGUUGAUGACUGGGCUAGAGGAACCGGUACUGUUCUAUAUAACCCCAUGGUUCGCACUCAAACCGGUAACUCGGGUGUUAUGGGCCAAGGCAACGUUGGAGGAACUGGUCGUGAGUAUGGUAGCUCACGUGUCAUGCGCACUGGAAAUGGUGCCGACUUCAGUGAGAGUGCUCCACGAUCAUACAACCGCCGUUCUGAAUCGGAUGCUGCUCAACGUGGACCCCCUACUCACGAUGAGAACGGAGAGGAACUUCAAACACAAAAUAUCAGCAUUCCAGCUGACAUGGUUGGAUGUAUCAUUGGUCGGGCUGGUUCCAAGAUCAGUGAGAUUAGAAAGACCUCUGGAGCUCGUAUUUCCAUCGCUAAGUCUCCUCACGAUGAGACUGGAGAGCGCAUGUUCACCAUUAUGGGUACUGCUAAGGCCAACGACUCAGCUCUCUAUCUUCUCUAUGAGAACCUCGAGGCCGAGAAGCAACGCCGCAGUCAAGGCAAUGCUCAAGAAUGA